AUGAGAUUCAACGCCGUUAUCGCCUCCGCCAUUCUGGCGUUCACCGUCUCCGGUGCUGCCAUUCCAGCACCCGCUGAAACUACCACCCCCACCAUCGUCGAGGAGCCGGCGUCGAUCGAGGUUUCUCUUGAGGAUGAAGUCGAAAAGCGUUCUUGGACACAGAAGCGUCCUUACGGAAUGCCCGUUGGCAAGCGUGAAGCUGAAGCCGAUGCCCGAGUCACCUGGACCCAACAUCGCCCCUACGGAAUGCCCGUUGGAAAACGUGAGGCAGAGGCAGAGGCAGACCCUGAGGCCAGGAUAACUUGGACUCAGCACCGCCCCUACGGCAUGCCUGUCGGCAAGCGUGAGGCAGACGCAGACGCAGAGGCCAGUUGGACUCAGAAGCGCCCUUAUGGUAUGCCAGUCGGAAAACGCGAGGCAGAGGCCAGUUGGAGACAAAAGCGUCCCUACGGAAUGCCUGUCGGCAAGCGUGAGGCUGACGAGCAGUAA